AUGCCUACCUAUAUACUCUAUGAAAGCGCUUUAGGGUUUGCCCUCUUUGAAAAGAAGAAGGUCGAUGAAGUGGCCCUCUCAAAAAUUGAAAAACAAAUCGGAGAGUACAGUCGUUUCAAAGAUAUGGUAAAAUUUGUUGCCUUCCAACCAUUUGAUACUCCAGAGCAUGGUCUUGAAAAUAUGAAUGCCAUCUCUGAAGGAAUCCUUACCGAGUUUUUACAAAACUUUUUGGAGGCUAAUUUGAAGACAAAGGAUGACACCAGGUUAGGUGUUUUGGAAAACAAACUUGGAGGUGCUAUUCAAGAACACUUUGCAAAGAAGAUUACUUGUUUCACUGAUGACUCAGUUUUGGGAUUGUGUCGUGGUAUUCGUUUACAUCUUCAUAAAUUUAUUGAUAGUUUGAAGAAGGGAGAUUUGGAAAAGGCACAACUCGGUUUGGGUCACGCAUACAGUAGAGCAAAGGUUAAAUUCAAUGUGAAUAAGUCUGAUAAUAACAUUAUACAGUCAAUCUCAAUGCUUGAUCAAUUAGAUAAGGAUUUGAAUACAUUCUCCAUGAGAUUGAAGGAAUGGUAUGGAUAUCACUUCCCAGAACUUGUUAAACUUGUAAAGAAGAAUGACACAUAUGCCAAGUGUGCACUCGCCAUUAAGAGCCGUUCAAAUCUCUUCAAGGAUAGCGAAAAGUAUGACGAAUUAAUUCACCAACUUAACGAAAUUACUAAGGAUGAGGAAGUGACAGAACAAAUUGUUAGAGCUGCUCGUUCAUCAAUGGGCCAAGAUGCUUCUGAAUUUGACAUGAUGAAUAUGGAACUUUUUGCCAAGAAGGUUGUCGACUUGACUGAAUAUAGAGCUGAAUUGUUCGAGUAUUUGGAAACCAAGAUGCACGAUGUGGCUCCAAACUUGACAUGCAUUUUGGGUGAAUCUGUAGGUGCUCGUCUCAUUUCUAAGGCUGGCAGUUUGUUGAAUUUGUCUAAAUGUCCUGCUUCCACAGUUCAAAUUUUGGGUGCUGAAAAGGCCUUGUUUAGAGCUUUGAAGACACGAGGCAAGACACCAAAGUAUGGUCUUCUCUAUCACUCUAGUUUUGUCUCAAAGGCUUCCAAACAAAAUAAGGGUAAAAUUUCCAGAUAUUUGGCCAACAAGUGUGCCAUGGCUGCUCGUAUUGACGCUUUCCAAGAUUUCCCAACAUCCAAAUUUGGUGAAAUGUUAAGAGAUCAAAUUGCAGAACGAUUAGAAUUCUACGAAAAGAAGGCCACUUCAGGAAAUGCUAAAAUCUCUGUCAAACUCAAGAAGAAUAUUGAACUUAUGAGAGAUGCCAUCAAGCAAGCCAAGAAAGAUGAAAAGAAGGAGGAUAAGAAGAGUGAAAAGAAACAAGAUAAGAAGCCAGCUGAAAAGAGAAAGAGAGACGUUGUACAAGAAGGUCCUGUUGAAGAGGAGAAGAAAUCCAAGAAGGAAAAGAAGAAGGAUAAGAAGAAGGAAAAGAAUGCAGAUGUCAUGGAGGAUGAACAAGCAACUGAACCAGUCGUUGAGGAAAAGAAGAAGGAAAAGAAGGAAAAGAGCAAGGAAGAAAAGUCUGAACAAACCAUUGAAAACGGUGACAAGACUGAAGAAAAGAAAUCCAAGAAGGAGAAGAAGAAGAAGGAGAAGAAGGAAGAAAAGAAGGAAGAGGAACAUAAGAAGGAAGAAAAGUCGGAGAAGAAGAAGGAAAAGAAAGAAAAGAAAAAGGACAAGAAGAAAUAA